AUGCGCACCUCCACCAUCCUCACCCUCGCUGCAGCACUCACUGCCCACCUCACAACCAGCCUCACAAUCCCCGGCAACUCAACAGACAUAUACCGCAUCACCGAAUCCGGCAUCGCAAGACGCGACAUGCCAGCCGCCGAAAAGACCGGCUACCUAAUCUUCUCCAACGGCUGUUUCGCCUCCGGCAGCGGAUUCCCCCAAUGCAGAGAUUUGUACACGUUCAAAUGGGGCAAGGAGAAUGACUACAAUUCUUGCUAUGAUGACCCGGCGCCCUUCCAAAGCGCUUGUAAAAUGUCGACCGAUUCCAGGGAUGUCAAGACUCCCUUGGGAACGGCGAAGUGGGAGGCGUAUGAUAAUUGUGAGAAGAGGGCGUUGAAGGGGACGUUGAUGGGGGAUGAUUUUAUUUACUUUUGUUGGGAUCACGAUCAUAGUUUUACGGAGAAUUGUGGGUUUACGUGGUCGAGUCAUGCUAUUUUGAAGUGUGAUAUGAUUUAUCAGAAACCGUGA